GGAGGAGAGGGGACAGUAAGCACCUUGGGAAGGGAAUCAGACUCCACAAGGAUGAUCCCCAAAGACCAGGCAAGAUGUGGAGGCUGGAGAGAGAUCUUCAGUUCACCUCUUAUGACCCCAUGAUGUGGCAAGUGCUGGGAGCAAGAAGGCCAGCCUGCUAUGGGAUGGAUGAAGGAGACAAUUACUACGUCUCACAGCUUAAGGACAUCUACAGCAGCUGUGAUGCCACCGGGACAGGCUUUCUGGACCGGGAGGAGUUGACCCAACUCUGCCAGAAACUCCACCUGCAGAAGCAGCUGCCCGCCCUCCUGAAGAUUCUGCUUGGAGACAACCCCAGUGCCAGGGUCACCUUUGAGGAGUUUAAGGAAGGGCUUGUGGCGGUGCUGUCCUCCAAGGCUGGUGGUGACCUCAGCAGUGAAGAAGCUGGUUCUUUGCAGUCAGCUGCCUCCAGUGCUGUCCCACCAAAGUACGUGAGCGGCUCCAAGCGUUACGGCCAUCGGAGCCAGCCGGAGCGGAGGACCUCUGCCACCGAAGCCACAUAUGGAUCAGAGCAGCUAGCCAGGGCUGGGCUGAAGAGGCAGCACUGCCGCUCUGCAUCCCUGGAGAGUGUGGAGAGUCUCAAGUCUGAUGAGGAAGCUGAGAGUCCCAGAGAACCUCAGGAUGAGCUGUUCGAAGCCCAAGGGAAGCCGCAAACAUGGGGCCCUGAGGUCUUUGGGAGCGCCCAAAGGUCCUCCGCCUCACUGCAGAGCCAGGUCCAGGGCAUCUGGGAGCAGCUGGGAGUUGGCUGCCGUGGCCACCUGGAUGAGCAGGAGCUGGCUGUGGUCUGCCGGAGCAUUGGGCUCCAUGGCCUCAAGGACGAGGAACUCAAAGACCUGUUCCACAAACUGGACCAGGAUGGGGACGGCAGAGUGAGUCUUGCAGAGUUUCAGCUCGGCCUGUGCCAUCAUGAGCCCAUGCUGCUUCUGGAAUCUAGCUUGGGCAAGCCAAGCAGACCCUGGUCCCACUGCCAGGGGCAGAUUCCGGAGGAGAGCGGCUGUCACACAGCCACCACCACCACCUCCUCCCUUGCAUCCAUGAGCUGCGGCCUGCGCCUCUUCUCCAGUGUCGACGAUGGCAGCGGUUUCGCCCUUCCGGAGCAGGUCAUCGCCAUCUGGGCUCAGGAGGGCAUCCACAGUGGCCGGGAGAUCCUGCAGAGCCUGGACUUCAGCCUGGAUGAGAAGGUUGACCUCCUGGAGCUAACCUGGGCCCUAGACAAUGAGCUCCUGACAGUUGACAGCAUCAUCCAGCAGGCGGCCUUGGCCUGCUACCGCCAGGAGCUGAGCUACCACCAGGAGCAGGCAGAGCAACUGGUGCAGGAGCGAGACAAGGCCAGGCAGGACCUGGAGCAGGCUGAGAGGAGGAGCCUGGAGCUCGCGAAGGAGAUGGAUGACAGCCACACAGCGCUGGAGCAGCUCACAGAGCGGAGGAUCGAGCGCCUGGAGCAGGACUACCGAGGAAGGCUGAGUCUCCUGCGGGCAGAGGCGGAGGCGGAGCGGGAGCAGAUCUGGGAGCAGUCCUGCAGGCGGAGUGCCGUGCUGGAGACAGACCUGGGCCACCUGCGGGCCGAGGAGGCCAGCCUGCGCCACAGGCUGGGGCUGGCCACAAAGGAAAACAGCCGGCUGCAGCAGGAGAUCCUGGAGGUGGUGGGAAAGCUCUCGGAUUCAGAGAAGCUGGUCAUGAAACUGCAGGGCGACUUGGAGUUCGUGAUGAGGGAGAAGUUGGAGCCACAGGGCUUGGAGCUCAGGGCACAGGAGGAGCGGUUCACAGCUAUCUUGAAGGAAUACGAGCUCAAGUGCCGGGGUUUGCAGGACCAGAAUGAUGAGCUGCAGGCCAAGCUGGAGAGCCUGCGGGCACCUGGGAGCCGGAGUUGGCAGCGCCCUGCCGGGGAAGCUGAAAGCCGCCCAGCAAGUAGGAGCCCACAAGGCAGGUUCUCAGAGGACUCCAGUCCAGUGAGUCUAGAAAUGGAGAUCAUGGUGGAGCGGCUGCGGCAGCACUGCCAGGAGCUCAGGACCCAGCUGGAGGCCAAGGUAAAUUCCUAUGAGGGGGAAAUUGAGGCCAUGAAGAACAAUUUCGAGAAGGAGAGGAUGGACCUGGAGCAGGCACGGCAGCGGGAGGUCGCAGUGCUGGAGGCCCAGAGAGCAGACCUGGAGGCGCUGUGUGCCAAGUCGCAGGAAGUUAUCUUGGGCCUGCGGGAGCAGCUAUGGGAUGCAGCAGGCCGCCCUGAGCCCUCCAGGGCCCAGCUGACCUCCUGCUGCGCACAGGCACUCUGCGACCUGGCCCGGUGGCUGGACCAGCACACACAGUGGCAGCACCAGGGCGAGCUGCGGCACAUCAGGUGGGAGGCUGCGGAGGAGCUGAGCCGGAUGCUGUCCCAGCUGGAAGCCCAGCACGACAUACACUGCAAGAGCCUGGCACUGCGGCACCAGCGUGAGAAGGACUGGCUGCGCCAAGCGCACCUGCGGUGGGAGGAGGAGGUAUUCACACGCUGCCAGGAGCAGCAGCAGAGGCUGCAGGCAGCCCUGGGCGAGGAACAGGCCCAGAUGUGCAGGUCCUUUGCCCUGGAGAGGAAGAGACUGGCGCGUGCCCACCGUGAGCAGGUGGGGGACCUGGUCCGGGAGGCAGAGGCCCUGCGGGCCCUGCUGCAAGGCGGAGCCACAGUGAUUGUGGGCAGGGAGCAGAACGGGGCACCCAGCCCCUUGUCCUUGAGCCCAGGCACCCACAGAGAAACAGGGGAGCCGGUGGGAGAGCAGCCUGGCCAGCCCUGCUGUGUGGAUACUGUGUCCAGAGGGCCCCCAGAGAGCCCGGAUCCUGGACAGAGCUGCUGGGUCCUGCUGGAUGCAAAGGAGGCAACUUCUGUUCCCUGCGAGGAGGGGUCACACGUACGGCCUCCUGGGCAGAGCAAAGGGGCCAACCCCGAGGAGCCAGCACCUUCUGCCAGGGCCACGGUCAGCCCAAGGCAGCCUGAUAGCCAGGAGCUGCCCUUGUGGGGUGCAGAGGGAGACAGCACCCUGCCGACCUCACUUCAGCACCAGCCAGAGCCCCUGCUGCCCUACCCUGAGCUACCAAACCCAGGAGGGGAAACUGAGGCAGAAAUGGCAGAGAGAGAGAAUGACAUGAAAACCAAACUUCUGCAGCUGGAAGAUGUCGUCCGGGCUCUCGAGAGAGAGACAGAUUUGAGAGAGAAUGACAGGGUGGAGCUCCAGAGACUGUCUGAAGAAAACACUUUGUUGAAAACUGAUCUGGAGAGGAUUCAGCAGGAACUUGGAGCCACGGAGCACAUGAAUGACGAGCAGAGGCUGGAAAUUGAGGCUUUGAAGAGAGACAAGGAGAAGACCUGCUUUGACAUGGACGCGCUCAACAUUCAGAAUCAGAAAUAUCAGAAUGAAGUGGCACAGCUCAGCUGCAGGGUCCUGCAGCUGGAAGAGGCCGCUGCCACACACCAGGCCCGGAAUGAGGAGAACCUGGCAGCCGCUCAGCGGCUAACACAGAGGCUGGAGGAGGCACGGUGCCGUGAGGAGCAGCAGUGCGUCCGGAUCCAGAAGCUUGAAGCUGAACUUGAGCACGUGAGUGAGGAGUGUCAGAGCCUGAGGCUAGUACGCUUGGAGCAGAUGGAGAAACGGAAGGAGGGCUGGGACCAGGUGGAAGAGCGGCCAGACACCAGGGAAGCGCAAGCGGGCGAUACAGAGCGGCUCCUGCAGGAGAAGCUGGAACGGCUGGAGAAGAGCACCAGAUGCGGCCUGCUGCUCGAGGAGCUCUACGUGGAAAAUGCCCACCUCAUGAAGGCCCUUCAGGUCGCCGAGCAGAAGCAGUGGGGCGCUGAGAAGCAAAAUCGCAUCCUGGAGGAGAAAGUGGGAGCUCUCAGCACACUGGUUGGCAGGCUGGCACCCGCCGCUCUGUCUGUGUAGGCUGCUCGCCUUCCUGGAAUUCACCCGAGGGAGGGUCUCCAUUACACAGGAGGGCAGUGACAUCCGCUCUGCGCCCCGGGCCAGGAAGUGUGCCGGGGCUCCCUGGUUAGUGGUCCUGGAUUAUCCUCCCAGUCAUUCCUAGUGUUGCCCUUCCCUUCCGGGCCGCUCUGGGGCUCAGCAAAGACCCACUAAGGGAAAUGGCAACGCGCUUAGUGAUGGGCUUUUGUCUGGAGAAGCUCUUCCCAUUGCAUCGGGCUUGGGGCUUGCAGCUCCAGAGCUCGGGAUGGCGGGUCCUGGAGCUCCGGAGGGACCAGCACCCCGGGAGGGACCAGCCUCGGGAGGGACCAGCACCCCCUGAGGGACACUGGGGGUGUCUGGGCAAGGCUGGCCUAAGAAGGUCUGCAGACUCAGGGACGAUGGUGUGUCGUAAAUACAAUCAUUUCUUCAAUGAAAUGUUAUCACACUGGAGAUUUGCACAUAUAUAAAAGCAUGUAAUUUUUUAUCUGAGACACACACACACACACACACAUUAUGGCCAUUUGGUUUAGCAGAAUGUACAACUUUAAUGUGAAAUCACUGUAU